AUGGUGAUUAGGGUUUGGUUGGCUACUACUUACAGCCGGCAGAAGUCUUAUACAGACAACAAAAAAUGGCCCUUAGAGUUUAAUGUUGGUGACCAGGUGGCCUAUGAGUUGGCAUUGCCGGCGGAUGUAGCUUCAGUUCAUCUAUUUAUUCAUGUCUCUAUGUUAGAGAAGUGCCUUGGUGAUCCAGCAUCGAUUCUUCAUAUUAAAGGUUUAGGAGUUGACGAAGACUUGUCCUAUGAGGAGGUUCUUGUUGAGAUCAUAGACCGACAUGUAAAGCGGCUAAGAAACAAGAAGAUUGCCACAGUCAAGGUAUUAUGGAGGAACCAUCUUGUUGAGGGUGAUACGUGGGAGACCGAAGCCGAAUGA